UCCAGUCGUCCAUGGAACCUCGCACAGUCUGUUUUCUUUUACGUCCGCCGAGCACACAUAAUUACACGGCUCCUUCGGAUUGAACUUCAUUCGACUUUUCUCGUUCAAAGAAGAAACUGUAAACAUGAGUGGAAGAGGCAAAGGUGGCAAAGGACUCGGAAAAGGAGGCGCCAAGCGUCACCGUAAAGUUCUCCGUGAUAACAUCCAGGGCAUUACCAAACCCGCCAUCCGUCGUCUGGCUCGCCGUGGCGGAGUGAAGCGUAUCUCUGGUCUGAUCUACGAGGAGACCCGUGGUGUGCUGAAGGUGUUCCUGGAGAACGUCAUCCGCGACGCCGUCACCUACACUGAGCACGCCAAGAGGAAGACCGUGACCGCCAUGGAUGUGGUGUACGCUCUGAAGAGGCAGGGCCGCACUCUGUACGGCUUCGGCGGUUAAACUCAUGCUCCUUCAUCCAUCAAACGGCUCUUUUAAGAGCCACACAC